GCCGCGCCACCGAGGCGUGUAUUCGAUGCGGACUCGCUUGUAAACAGUAACAAAUACUGUAAAAUACGCUGCAAAAAUAUAAAAAAUACGAAAUCAUCCUGUGUUUUGUAGUGUAAACACUAGGAAAACGUUUAAAGACACCCCCGUAUAAGCGCUCGAAGCGCAAAUAACCUUCGUUAUAUUUUUAAUUAUCCAUUUUAUUUUGUUUUGUUUUUAUUUUCGAAAACGCCGGUUCGCAGAUAUUCGUGUGAAUAGGCAAUAACAGUGCAAUCCUUUGUUCGAUAACGAUUACAGGACUUACGAUAAAGGACAGAGUUUGUGUUUUGUUUUAUUUUGUUGAUCUUUCUGUGAUAAAAACACGUGUUUUAUCGAUCGGGUUACGACUCGACUGAUUUAAGAUAAACUGUUCUGUUUGAUCUGGAGCCGUUGACUUGUGUGGAAACAAAGGCUUAGUUAGUUAUAAGGUGAACGUUCGUGCAUAGCCAUACGACCGAGAAACAUAAGAUAUUGUGGUACCAAGCGAGCGGACGAGGCGCUCUGGCCGGCGACCAUGAAUUAGAUAUCGCCGCGUACGAUAUCAAACGGAUGCCGGUUUCCUGAAGAUGGCCUCACGCACCCCGUCCCUUGAGUCGCUGCCCGGUGCCAACUCUAUAGGUUCGCUGGAGCGUGGCUCCUUAUCGCCCUUGACUUUGAGCGGAUCCUCGCCUCCUGCGAGUGACUCCGCCGUAUGUGACCUUCGUGAAUUCGACGGCCUCGACACCACCUGUGCAAUCUGCCGAGAGACAUUUGUCGACCCCAAAGUACUCAACUGUUUUCACACAUUCUGCCGUGGGUGCCUGGAAAGGGAACAAACCCACCCCGAUAAAGUUACUUGUGUUACUUGUCGUGUAGACAGCCAACUACCGCCUGCUGGUAUACCUGGACUAUUAACGAACCUCGUCAUCGCCGCGGCUGUAGAGCAGGACGCUGAUCUUCUGCCAACAGCUCGCCAAACUAACUCUCCUUCAGCCCGUUGCACCGGCUGUAAAUCCAAGGAAUCUGACGCAGUAGCGCGUUGUGUUGAUUGUGCGAAUUUCCUUUGUCCAAAUUGCGUCAUGGCACACCAAUUCAUGCAUUGUUUUGAAGGCCACCGUGUGCUCGCCUUCACGGACUUAAAAGACGAUAAAGGGAUGCUUGGCUCCACACUUACAACGAGCGGAGACAAAACAGCAUUUUGUCCGAGACACAAAAAUGACAUCCUUAAAUAUUUCUGCCGUACUUGCUCCGUGCCGGUUUGCAAAGAGUGCACCAUUAUCGAACAUCCGGCAGCUUUACACGAUUGUGAACAUUUAUCAGACGCCGGCCCUAAGCAGUUAGAACUGAUGCAACAAGCUGUUAACGAAGCCAAAACUCGAGCUACUGAAAUAAGGCACGUUGUCAAAACCGUAGAACAUGCUGCGGGAAAAUUACAAGUACAGUAUCACAAAGCUCAAAAUGAAAUAAACGACACGUUCCAAUUCUAUCGCUCUAUGUUAGAAGAGCGUAAGCAAGAGUUACUAAAGGAACUCGAAAGUGUAUUCUCAACGAAACAAAUUGCCCUUACCGUUGUUGGGCAAAAAGCUCAAGAGACGGUUGACAAAAUUUAUCAAACAUGCGACUUCGUCGAGCGACUGACAAAAUGUGCAAACAUCGCUGAAAUUUUAAUGUUUAGAAAACUCUUAGACACAAAAUUGCAGUCGUUAAUGAGCACUAACCCGGAACAGAGUGUUCAAACUGCAUGUGAACUGGAAUUCGUUUCCAAUUACCAAGCGAUACAAGUUGGUGUCAGAAACACUUUUGGAUAUGUGCGUUCAAGUUCUGAAGCGAAUGUGGGUCCUACUAAACAACCUCCUAUUGCGCGCCCCACGAACGGAUUACUGCUAAACGGAGGAUCGUCUUCAAGUAGCAGCAGUGUUAAUGGAAGUUCUGGCAGCUUAAAUGGUGGCAUACACCUACCUACAGGCCUGAACGGUGUUUUAGAUCGACCCUACACAAAUGGAUUGCUUGGCCCCACUAGCCAAUCAACUUCUCCAUUCGAUUCAAACAUCAUCUCAAAGAGAUUUAACAGUGCCAAUACGCUCGGUCCGUUCUCCACAGCUAUUGGAGAUAUUAAUCUGAAUGGAAUUAAUCCCUAUGAAAAAUGGUCAAACGGUGGAUGUGACUCUCUUUUCCCACCAGCUAAUAAUGAUCCUUACUCGCUUACAACUGCCUCGCACACCGAUCCUAUUCUUGAUUUGACGAACAAGUUGAUUUCCACUGCCAUUUUCCCGCCGAAAUCACAAAUAAAACGUCAAAAAAUGAUCUAUCACUGCAAAUUUGGUGAAUUUGGCGUUAUGGAAGGUCAGUUUACUGAACCAAGCGGUGUUGCAGUUAAUGCACAAAAUGAUAUCAUCGUUGCCGACACCAAUAACCACAGAAUUCAAAUAUUUGACAAGGAAGGACGUUUUAAAUUCCAAUUUGGCGAAUGCGGCAAACGUGAUGGUCAACUUCUAUACCCGAAUAGAGUUGCAGUAGUGCGCACUUCAGGAGACAUCAUCGUGACUGAAAGGUCCCCGACGCAUCAAAUUCAAAUUUAUAAUCAAUAUGGCCAAUUCGUACGAAAAUUCGGCGCAAACAUUCUUCAACAUCCACGUGGUGUGACAGUCGAUAACAAAGGAAGAAUCGUAGUUGUAGAAUGCAAAGUUAUGCGCGUUAUCAUCUUCGAUCAGGUCGGUAAUGUUCUUCAGAAGUUUGGCUGCUCUAAGCAUCUUGAAUUUCCUAAUGGAGUCGUUGUCAACGAUAAACAAGAAAUAUUUAUUAGUGACAACCGAGCGCACUGCGUCAAAGUCUUCAAUUAUGAAGGUAUUUACUUACGCCAGAUUGGCGGGGAAGGAGUUACUAACUACCCAAUUGGAGUGGGCAUUAACGCAUCUGGCGAAAUUUUAAUUGCUGACAACCAUAACAACUUCAACCUAACGAUAUUUACGCAAGACGGUCAACUCGUGUCGGCAUUGGAGAGCAAAGUGAAACACGCACAGUGCUUCGACGUAGCACUAAUGGAUGAUGGCUCCGUCGUGCUCGCCAGCAAAGAUUAUCGGCUAUACAUCUAUCGCUAUGUACAAGUUCCGCCUAUAGGUAUGUGAGCCACACGAUCUGACCACAGAAGAUCGAAUUGACCGACGAACUUUAAGCCAAAAAAUCGACACUUUAAGACAUAAAUAACUAACUUACUACGACGUUUAACGGUUCUGGCCAUUUGUGUCAAUUUUUAAAUAGGUGAAGUGACGAUACUGACAAAUGGAACUACAAGGUUUUGUAAGUGCGAGUGCGUCUCAGAUUGCGGCUGUCUCGAUGUGAUCAAAAGACUAUCUAUGGCAAUCCUCUAAUAUUUCGGCGUGAGAUCUCUGAAUGCAUUAUUUGUAAACGAAACUGUAAUGAGAUUAGUUGUAGUAUUGACAUUGUUAUAUGAGUACCUAUUUGAAGAAUAGAGAUUAUUCCGUUGGUUCAAUCCAGUAAAACGAAAGGUUCUCGACCCUUAUCAUUUUUUGAUCUAUUGAAUAAUAUUUUUUCAUAUCCCACAUCGUUAAAUUAGGGAUGAAUAUUAAGGGCGUUUGUAUUAUUUAGCCCAUUUGUUGGACCAAUAUUUUAACUAUUAUUACUUAAAAAUUGUUAGGCGUUAAGCGUGUGAUUUUAUUGUAAUAAGAGAGCAUCGAGCGGUAUUGUUGUUAGUUUUAAGUAUAUUCUUCGGCACAAUGGCACUUCCUGUUUUUAAUUAGCACUUAUUCUGUGUCGAUGGAAACAUGAUUAUGAAACUAAGUAAGAAGUUGUUACAUUAUUAUUAGAUAAGUGUUAAAUUGAUUGAGCUAAUAUGGACAAUCUUUAGUUACUACCCCUUUUAAUGUAGUUACAAAAUUUAUGGAAAUGUGAUGUUAGGGGUUUUAUCAAUGACAAAGUUGACUGCGGCGUUCCUUAGGCAUGUGCAACGAUAGGCCUCUUAGUAGACGUUACUAAAGCCUGAUUGUUGACUCGAAAACCAAAUUACAUUCAGCAUCACAAGAUGGCAGUGAUCGAAAAUGUUUUAUAGACCUCAGUCAGUUUCAAAAGUUUUUUUUUUUUUUUUAAUUUACGCCGGUCUUUUGACUAAAGAUAACCUUGAGUAUUAUAAAGCAUUUUAGAGUACGUAAUAGCGAUUGUAGUUUUUUCAUGGAUUAUUGGAUAAUUGUUGGAAGACAGUUUUCUCUAUCUCGACCGUUGACGUCAUUACCGCCUAGUCACUGAGAGCCCACGGCCCCAUAAUUCCUCAAUUUCGUUGUUUUAUUUUAACGAUUAGUAACUUUUGGUUGAUAAUAAUAUUAUUCGUUUUUUAUACAAAUCUUAGUACGUAUUUGAAUGUUUUUUUUACUAGUAAUUGGACACGGUAGUAACUAGUAGAGCACUUUAGCAAAUGGUCGUCUCGCUAGAAUUUUUUUAUUACUGAUAUUUUUUUCUGAGAUUUUAAGAAGGUGGAGCACCAUGCGCUUGCGCGAACUGCGUUAUGCUACUUACUGGAGUAUUAAAGCUUGCUCGGUAUACAAAAUAAUUAUACAAUUUGUUAUUCUGGUAAGAUAUUUUUUAUAUGAAAACAACUUUAUUUUUGUAGCAGUAGUAUUAUACGGUGCAUGUCUAACGUUUACUAUCUUUGUAUUUUAUGAAUAUUAUGCUAUUUUUAUUAUUAUUUUUUUAUUACAUUACCGUGUGUUUGAGUGUGUUAGCAGAAUUAUUUUAGUUCGAUUUCAUUAGUUUUGAUUUUCUUAGUGAAUAAUGAUUUUUAGUAUUUUUUUUUUUCUGAAUCUAUGACAAUAAAAGAUCUGAAGCGAUCCGCUGCUCCGGGAUCGUAGAUCCAUUUUUUAAUUAUUGAUCUGCAUAAGUUUAUCAUUUAGUUUAUGCGUUACAAUGUGGUGAUAUUCCUAUGCUCCUAAAUAAAUUAUCUUUUUUUUUUAUGUUUACACGAGAAUGCUUUGAAAACACGUCAAAAGAUGAUCGCGUCUGUCUGCACCACUUGUUCGUUUGCAAUACCUGCUUAACAUGUGCCAUAAAACCAUGUUGUGAUUUAAUAAGUGAUAUUUAGUGUUGUUUGUAAAUAUGUAACAUAAACUGCUGAUUUAUUAAAUUUAAUCAUAAGUAAACAAACCCAAUAUAUACUACGGUUUCACCGGUUCUACUCGUUAGUGCAAGAUAGUACGACGUACUUAAACGAAUAUUCAAUCAAUUUACACGAUACAUGAAAUAACUGCUUCAUUAUUAUUUAUAAAAGCGUCUAGAAACUUCGAUGUCGACAUAUUUGCACUAACCCUAGAACGACAAAGAUCAAACUACCUUUAUGAAUUAAUAUAAUUUUUCUGCACUUUGCAACCCACGGUGCGCUCAGCCGCCAAUCGUAUUGACGUGUUUUCGACAUGAUUAUCCAUUAAAUAAUAUACACUAGAUUAGGUGAAGUAGACUUUAUUAUCCAGUCGUUAGUAUCCAAAUUUCAGUGAUGACUCGCCAAUGAUUUUAUGUAUAGACUGCUCUGUUCCUAGUAAAUUAUUAUCUUUUUUAAGAUCGGAUAAAACAUUUUAUUUCACUUAAUCUACUGUGAUGUUACAAUAAACUGUUUGUAAGCUGUAAUAUUAUUGAAUUUAUUUUUUGCAAUCGCAGUGCUUUACUUCAGAUUUUUUGGGCGCAUGAAUGUUAGCGCGAUACCUUACACUGAGGUUGUUAAGUGAUUUAACGAAUCGUUCGAUAAAAGUUUAUCGCCCCCAAAAUCUGACGUUACGCUAGAAACCUCGGGGCUUAAACCCCAUCUCCAGAAUGUCAUUCGCUACGAAAUUAAAUAACGUGAUUUUAUCGAAUGUACAAUUUUGGUUAAAACAUACGCUUCUACUUAAAUGAAAAAAAUUUUUCACCGUAUUAUAUUUAUUUUAAGUACCUAUAGUAUAGUGUAUGAAAUUCUAUGUAAGGAUAUGCGAAUUAUGACAACUGCUCCUUUCAAAUUAAUAGUAAAUCUGUAUAAUCAGUUGUAUUUAAAUUUUUUAUUAUAUUUGACAGCAAUGAAUAUUUAAUUGACCCGAACGGGUGAUUAAGUUUUGUUUAAUUUACAAUUUAAUUUACAUUCACAAUUAACUUUUUUUUAUUUCGCAUAAUAUAAUAAUUAAUAUGAUUUUGUAUUAAAACAAUUCAUUCUUAAAAUUGCAUUUCUAAAGCUUGAGGACUGAUUAAAAUUGAAACAUGUUUUGUCUUUAAAUAUAUUUUGUCGAUGUUUGUUGUUAUAAUUAUUAUAUUUUUUUUAAUUAUUUGUAUAAACAAUUGUUCUUUAAAUUAAUGUACGUCGUUUUGUUUUGAAUUAUUUUUGUUGUAUAAUUGCUUUUUUAUAAUAAUACCAGUUCUUUGCAGUUUUACUGUGUGUUUUAUUUUAUUUUUUAUUUAUUUUUCUUUUUAUUUGCCCGAGUAGUAUUAUAGCAUUCUUACUCGGUCGUAACUAAUUUACUUAAACUAAACUAGUUUCGACCGAAUGAAACAAAGAGUUUGUGCUGUCGAAUCUCAUAACGAACGCCUAAAACUGAUUGUGCCUUAAAGUUGAAAGCUCUCGAUAAAAGAAAUAACUUCAAAGCACGUAAAUCACUGGAUAUAGAUUCAGUCAUACUAUUCGGUAACGAAUUUCUAAUAGAUUCUUUAGCACAAACGAGUGUGGUCAUAGGUCUUAUGAGUGUGUGUUAUGUACAUUUUUGGAUUCAUGUGUGUGUGCAUCUUAAUAAGACUCAUUUAAAACAGUUGGUGUUGGGGAACAAACGUUGGCAUGAAAUUUGUAAGUAUUGCUUUAGAAUUAAUCGUUACACACUUAGAGAAGCACCCAUCUUAAAUUUGCUCCUCUAGUAGUAUUUUAAUUGCACAGUACAUGAAAAUGCUUCAUAAUUCACGUAAUAGAUUAAACUUUGAAAUUCGAAUCAGCACUCAAUGGCGCAGAGCCUCAGUGAAUUGGGCGGUAGACUAUACUUUAUUUUACACGAUAUCUUUAAACUACAUAUUCUUAUGAAUGUAGGCUAUAAUUCUACGAGUUUAAGAUCUAUUGUAUUCUAAAAUAAGUAAAUAAUAUCCCGACUAAGCUUUACUUUUCUACGAGUGUAGAUAACGAAACCGAUUUAGACUUAACGGAUCCAAUACUCCAUUUCCCUUCAGCAGCACUGCUUCUAAGGUUACAAAUGAAUCGCUAACCAAAAAAAAAAAAACCACUAUUUCCAAGUCAAUUACUCUAGGGAACAUUUUACUACUUACUAGCACCUAUUAGUAAACGUAAGCACGACUUAGGCUUACGAAGAUCGUUUAUAAUUUUAUACUCAGCAAAUUUCUUAAGAUUAAAAUUAAGACAUGUCAUACAAUUGUUUCAUUUUUUUAUAUCUGAGUAAAUCAUCAACGAAUCGUUUGUUAACGUUAUCAACAUUGGCUGUUUCACAAUAAGUUUCAACUUUAUAACCGGUCGAUUUACCUGCUGCUGUUUCUGACCCCAAUUUCAUUGAACCUCAUCUUCUUGCCUUGCCUAUGGUAUCGAAUAUCGGUAUAGCAAUUAUUAGAAGGCCUAAUUGUGAAUUUUCGAUCCCUUUAGAACCUCCGACUUUACAGAUACGUAUUUCUAUGUGAGGGAUGAAACGGUCACGGAUCGCUGAUUAUCAGUUAGUCCUAGUGGUCGGCACUGAUCAUUGAUGAAAUUUCAAGCUUUUACGUAGCCCCAUCAGACAGUCUUUGGUUAAACGAAAUUACUCAGCCACGAUACGCAGGAAGUGUAUAAAAUGUAAAUACAUUUAGAUUAACUACGUCGGUAGUCGUAACCUUUAGAUUUAAGGGAUGCCGGGACGUGUAAGAUGGUUAUGUUCGAAUAGAUGAUUUGAAAAAUUGACGAACGUGAUAAACUGUGUAUUUUUAUAAUGAAAAUUCGACGAUAGAUAUUUCUAACAAGUUAUUUAGGAUCGAAGGUAUAUAAUAAAAGCUGUAUAAGCGAGAAUUGCACAUGGUUGGACAAGGCUUGAUAUGUUGAAGCUAAAAUGAAAUCCGAAUUCGAAUGGAUUAGAUUUUUUAAGAAUAUAACAUUAACCAUAUCGAUAGCUAUUACUCUUAAAAUAUUGUUUGAAUUCGAUAAUUUCAUAACAGUUAUUAAAUUCACCUGUUAACGUAUUCAUCCUGGUAGAAGUAAUGUAUCAAUGUUAGCUUGUCAGAUUGUAUGUGGUUGACGAUUUGGUCAAUAAUUAUAUUACUUAGUAGAGCGUCGUUGAAUUUUAUAGAACUUAACGAUACGUUGACGUGUAUUGAACGGAUUUGUAAAUAGCAUUGUCGCUUCAACGUUCGUUUAUAAACUGAUCUAUUAUAGUUAUUCGUACAUCCAGUGAUUCCGCCGACGAUACGAUUCGUUCCAAGUCGACGUCAGGAAUCAGAGUUAUUCUUCUACUUAGCUUUAGUGACUUCGGAGGUCGUGUCACUGAAUGUACCGAGACGACCGCAAAUGCGAUCAAUUGCUCAGGAAUUGCAUUAGUUUUCUCAUUGAAUUUUGAUAAUUUACAAUAUUUUCUAUCAUCGCUUCUAAGAAAUUAUAUUAAGCGAUGUUCUAUCAUUGUUGAAUUUCAUUGAUUCGCUAAUUGAUAUAUAAUUUAGUGAAUUGUGCACAGAACGUUGGUGUUUCACUUAAUUUUUGAGAUAUUUUCUUAAAUGUGAUGCAUUCGAUGAUUUCACUGCAUUUAACGACUGAUGUUGAGUUUUAAAAAAAAAUUUUGGGCAUAGUGUAAAGCGGAACAGAGCUGCGUCCACGUGACGCGGGGCUCGGGGCACUUGUAGGCCUCGAAGGUUAUAUUUGAUUCCGUUUAUACGCAAAUUGUCUAAAUUGUGAUUGUUGUAAUUUAAGGUGAAAGUAACAAAGCACAUAUGAGCACAAACCAUCCAUCCUCAAAGAUAACUACGCUGAAUGUUUUGAUUAACUCACGUUUGAAUUUAUGAUACAUUUUAUUGUAAAAAUAAAAAUAUUUUACGAUCGCUUAUGUUAGUUGAGAAGUUUGCAAAUAAUAGUAUUUAUUUUCCCAGUAAUGAUAAAAAAAAAAAAUCGAAAGUUUGGGAUUUUUAAGGUGUUUUAAAUUAUAUUGAUUCUACUAAAUUAUUGAAUUUAGAUGUAAUAUUUAUGUAAACUUUUAUUUCCGUUUUGCGCUCCUUCUUGUUUCAUAGCGGACUGUAGGACGCAACUUAUUUGUGUUGCGAUCAUUUUUCUCAUUGGUUAUGUCGCUCGAACUUACGUUUGCGUGUGCAACAGAAGGAGGCAUUUGGAUGUGUCGUCACGUUCCAUUUCACGUUUCAUUUGUCAAAGUGUGUUAGGUAAUUUAAUAUGUAUAAUUGUAAGUGUGUGAUUUUAGUUAACGAUAAAGUUUUUAUACACGGAAAGAUUCCAAAUGAAACUGCGUGGGUUGGCGACGGUGUAGCAAAUGACAUAUCAAUGUAAUAUUUCUAAAUAUUAAAUGGUAUAUGGACGAGAGCGGCUACGGUUAGUGAAGUGUAAAUAAAGGCGAUGUUUGAUCUACUGACAAUAUAAGGGCACUUUUCACAUGUUAAAAAUUAAAGGUUUAAUAGAUAAAUGGUUUCACGCGAUGAAGCUUGACAUAUCAUCCACUAAGUGGUGUCAUUUGUAAUAGACUAAAUUGGUAGUCCAAAUUCGGGUUUCGUUAGGAUAUGUUGCUAAGCGAGUGUUAGGCGAAGUUAUUGUACGAGGGCGUAUAGAUAAUUUGGAAUCUUUCUCAUUGAAGCUAGUCGCCAAAGAAAGUCGCUUUUAGAUAAUUUAAUGUUAUCGUAAUAUGUGUAUGCACUUAAAUUUAAACUUAGCCAUACGAUGCUUAAAUUGUCCACACAUAAAUCGAUUUUACACACAUAAUUAAUGCCAUCCUGCCAAAAUAUAAUAAAAACACAAUGCUUAUGAUGAACUAAACUUAUAUUAUAUCCUACUUAGCGUACGGUGUAGUGUGUAUUUUUAGAUAAUGCAUUGUCUAUGUUAGAUUAGUUGUUAAGACACUGAGCUUUGGACAGUCUGUCACGAUAUUUUUUACGAAUGUAUCGUAAUUAGAUCUCGCCCCAUGCUCUCGAAUAAUGUUAUCACCUUAGGAUAGGACUCGACACUAAUACUUCAAACUUAAAUUCCGCACACAAUCAUUACCAACACAGCGGUGUCCGAAUCGAGCGAUUCGCGAGAACAAGCACUAAGAGCUUCAAUGUACAUAAGGCCCGUCAUUAGAAUAAUGACAUGUAAAAGGUAAAAAUAAUUCAGUAAUCUUUACUAUAUGAACUACUGUAACACCAUAUUGCGCCGUGGCCUUAUAUUUGAAAGGAUGUUUUACUCCUUGAAUUAAAAAAAAAAAAAAGAAUAUGUGAAAACUCAUUUGAAUUUUGUACAGACUUAAGUACUUCUAUGUUUCACAAUCAUAAUCCAUGAAUACCAUUCGUAAGGUAAGUGAUAAUAUAAUCUUUGUAACUGGUAGUAACCGUGUAUAGAAUAGAUGUUGCCGUAGCGUUCUAUGUAGGUAUCGCUUAAAUACAUCCUUGUAACGUUAGUCGUUGAUUUCGAUUCGUGCAUAUCCCCAACAUUUGAUAAUUGUUGACAUUAGUUACUUCGAGACUGUUCAAAAUACUCUACCGAGUUUUUCUCUAAGGGAAAGGGCUGUUUUAGCAGAUAUUUUUGAUACAUUGAGGAUAAUCAAAGGGAAACGGCAAUGGAAACUCGAGGAGAUGCUCCAUAAAUUAAAGGAGUCGUUUUCGAAGUCCAAACGAGAAUCGCGGACUUGUUGAGUAUCAUCGUCUUGAUGACCUGUUUUCAUCUCUACUUCAUAAGUGUGGAUAAUACAAUUAAUGUUACUGUAACAAAAACGAUGUUGUUCUUAUAAGAGAUGCGAUAAUAUUCGCUGAUAACUUGUUGUUUUUCAUAUUCGUAAUAUUUCCUUUAUUUUUUGUACUCUUUAGUCUUAAGAUAAUUAUAAAAGAACUAUUCAAUGUUGAUUACUCUAAAACCAAUAAUGUAUGUAUUAAGGAUGGUAUAAUUAGUUUCCCCCAGAGCCUUACUAGUGGAGAAGCCUUUUCCUUAGAAAGUUAAUCUUUCCUAUUUCCAAAUAUAAUUGGUACGGAUAUCGUGGACACAGUUUAUACCAAAUAAGUUAAAGAUCGUAAUGAUUACUGUGAAAAAUGAAUUAACAAGAGAAAUAAACUAUGGUACAAUAAAUUGUCGCCUGCACCGUACUCCUCUAUACUUUUGUAUUCUUGUAAUAUUCGUCCUCUUCAAGUACAGUUUACCAGUGAAACCUCACGCAUAUUCCGUGUUAGAUCUGGCCUAGCGAUGACUUAAGGUAAUUUUAAGGUUUCAUCAUCUCUUACUUAGAUUGUAUGACUCAAUUUUAAGACUGAUCACAGAAAAUAAAAAUAAAAAAAAAAAAUAAAAAGAAAUACAACUUAAUCCUUUACGAUUGUUUUUCAUUGGUUAUUUAACUAUUAUUUCACUGAAACGACAACAGUUGACAAAUUCAAUCUGGUAGAGAAUAUAGGGAAUCGUUGGCCAAAUUUUGAAAAAUGGUAGUUGAUUUUGUCAACUGGUGCCGCUGACGUAUCGUCUACGUCCUUUGUCGACAUCUUUCUGUCUUCUAUUUCCAACGACGAUGGUAAAAAUAUACGAUGAAAGAUUGGUGAAAAAUUUAAAUAACCCGUGGUAAUGUUGACUCCAUGUAUGUGGACGUUACUGUUGAAAUUGAUGGAAAAAAAAAAGAAAAAUAAUAUUUGUUGCCAAAGCGUUGUUAGGGAUAAUCGUGUAGUUAUAUAAAAUCGGUUGUCACAUGCAUAAUUAAGUUGUUCUUGCGUGGUUUGAGAUUAAGGAGAGAAGUUGAAAAAUAUUUCCAAUGAUAUAUUUUUUCAUGAUGAACUUGAAUGCUAAUCGAUACUUAAGGUUUAUAUCUGUGUAGGAUUUAAAUUUAACGUGUGGUAAUACAUCGUUGCCACGAUUAGUCUCCUUGCAGAAGAUCGUUUGAGACCUUGAACAAUUCGAGAUUGUAAACGAAGAGAUACUAAUAUUUUGUGACUAAUGGAUGGAAGUGUUCGAAGGCUAGAGACGCAUCGUGGCAAAUGAUUUAGUUGUUUAGUGUUCACGUUACAUUAGAUUGUAUUCGACAAUUCUGCCGGUCCUUGUACCAAAUAAAAUCACCUGUUUCCGCCUUUAAUGCACAUCUCAUCACAUCGACCGCCACUUUUAUAUAGCACGUCUUAUUUAACAUUAAAUGUUACUAAUUCAUUAUCGAUUUAAAUUGAAACAAAAGAAAAAAAAACGACUUCGUGUCUUGAAUUGUUAAAUUCUAAUUUAUUGAUAUUUAUUUUUUAAUAAUUUAUUAUAUUUACAAAGCUAGUCAGCGAAGGUGACCUUGUAGCGACAGAUAUUUCCAACGAAAGUAAAAUCCCUUAAGCAAUCGUGGUCUGUGAUUUUACCGUUUGUCGUAUCAUCGAAAUACAAUUCGACUUUCUAUCGCUACAGGUCUUAAGUUUAAGUCUGGUGUAUGUAUUGGUAAUUUUAUAAUUUAGGAUAUAAAAACAUUGUUUUCUCGAAGUUUUUUUGAUGCUUCUGUCUCUAGUCAUGUACUUUGACACUAUUUAAUGUGUAUUCCUUUCCUCAAUUACGUAGCCCUUUGGGCUUUAGUUAUGAUGUUAAUUGGACCACUGGAUACUAAUAUCAUUAUAAUUGUAUGUUAUUAUUCAAUACCAUUCAAAUACUUCAUAAUAUUGUGUUUUGAAAAUACAAAGUAGAGAAAUGAUUUAUAUGGUAAAUCGCUUUACCUCUGCUGGGAAUGUUUUAUUUUAAUUAUAUUUAAAUAUAAUCAAUGAGUUAAUAUUUUCAAUCACUGAAAUUAUGAAUAUCUGAUUUCGUUUUUAAUAUCUCGUUUAAUUUAAUAUAUUCGUUUAAAACUUUUCAUAACGAGUUCUAGUGGUCCAAUUACAGCUGAACGUUUAAUUAUAUUCAGAACACUGACUGUACUUACUUUAUUAUCUGAAAGAAGAUCACGUCGUUAAAAUUCACCAAGAAUAGCAAAUAACAGUCAUGUUACUUUAAUUAAAAUGUUUGUGUCGUUUAAUUUUAAUAUUUAAUUGACGUGAUCAAUAUUUAUGUAAGUGAAUACGAUUGCUCUGUUAGAAACUACGAUUUCGUUUGUUUUUUUAAUAAAACAGCAUAAUAUUAAGGUUUUGUUUAAAUAGAAUUAGAUGAUAAUUUAAAACUUCCAAUCUUAGUUGAUUUGACUGUUCCCGUGUGUAUUUGCGUUUGUGUUUUUAAUUUUAUGGUGUACUAUUAAUUUAUUUAUAUUGUUGAGUCAGCUGUGAGAUAUCUCAUUAACAUUUAUGUAUUUGAUUUUGUGCUAGCGACUAAUAUGUCUGUAUACAUGAACUCUAUGCAAGAUGACGUCGAAUUGAAGAUGAUUUAUUUGUAAAGAUGCGGAAUUAAAACGCAUGAUAAAUGUAUCAAAUUUAUACACCAUUUAAAUACUUCGUAAAUUAUUAUUACACGUGAACCGUAUUUGAUUAAUAACUUCUGAACUGAAUAUCGAAUACGCUUUAAUAGCAUGAUACACUCGAUUCAUGCAUCGUCAGAAACUAAAACGAUUACCAACUAAUAAGUUAAGAUAACUUCUGAACGAUGGAAUAACAAUCAAAAUAUUUGUACACGAGGUAUCUGUCAGAUGACUCGACAUAGUGUUAGUUUAACAUUACUUUCCAAUCAUUUAAAGCUUUGGAAUUGAUAUUUUCUGAACAUUCCAUAAAAAUAGUUUCGACUAAUAUUUUUGUUACGACAUUUGUUUUGUAUAUGUACUUGUGUGGAUUGGACAUUAUACAUACAUUUUCAUUAUUCCAUUCCCCUGUAACCAUUGCAUUUAGGGAAUGAAGACAUUAAAUACUCUUAAAUAUUUGUUAUUCUGGUAAUAAUUAAGUUAGUGAUUAAGAAUUGAUGAAUAAUAUCUGAUGAUAAAUUUACUUGUAUGUUGUAUUAAAAUGAUGAACACGAAAUAAAGAAAGUGGUUUGAAAA